AUGGUCAAACAAGUGGGCCGCGUCACGAAAACGAAGACGCACAAGGGGAAGCGCGUCCUGGAAGAUCGGGCGCCGAAAGUGGUGGAAAAUGACAAGACGGCUCUGUUCUUUCGGGGAAUGAAGACGAGCAACGUUGUCACGGAUCUGAUGCACGAUCUCCAUGCCCUCAAGAAGCCACUCGCCGUCCAAAUGAAACGACGAAACCAGUACUACCCGUUCGACGACGAGACGCCGUUCGAGAUUUUUGCCGACAAAUAUGAUGCUUCACUGUUCUUCUUUGGUGCCAACUCGAAAAAACAUCCGAAUAGCGUCACAUUCGGCCGAAUGCACGAUGGUCAUCUACUGGAUAUGGUCGGGCUGAAGGUCGUCGACUACAAGCCGCUUAGUGAAUUCAACGUAGACAAGAUCAGCGUCGGUGCAAAGCCGUGCGUCAUCCUGGAGGGCACCGACUGGGAAGAGCCCUCGAUGCGACGGAUUGGAAAUUUGCUCGUCGAUUGGUUGCGGGGACCGUCGCCCGCCAAGAUUCGACUUCAAGGCCUCGAACACGUCAUCUCCCUCACAUGCAUCGGCACGAAGAUUCUCCUCCGCGUUUACAGGACUCAAUUGAAAAAGUCGGAUUCGAGCACGCCGCGUGUCGAACUCGUGGAGAUGGGACCGCGCGCCGAUUUCGAGGUGGACAGGAAGAAGUUGGCCUCUGAUGCGCUGUUCAAGGACGCGUGUCGCAUUCCGCAGCAAUUGAGGGCAAAGGCCCGAAAGAAUACUUCACAAGACGUGUUCGGCUCGACAUUGGCUCGUGUGCAUAUCGGCAAGCAGAAUACAGAUGAAAUCCAGUUGAGAAAGGUGAAAGCCCUGAAGAAGAUGCCGAAGGGUCAAGAAGCAGCCGACGGACAAAAUGAAGAAUCCGGUGACGAUGGUGAUGACGACGACGUCGAGGAGAUGGAAGAA